CCACGUUGCAGCCGCAAUAACAGCUUAUCUCAGAUUUCGUCGAUCACAUUUCCCAGCAUCCGGGAAACUUAAUGUUCCUGGCAGAAUUUCUGUGCCUUAAGCUCGGCGUCCACAGUUCCUGUACCAGAGCUAAGCUGCCUAAUCCAAGCUUCCACUUCGUUCACGUUUCGAAAAUUCCACGCCAAUGAGUUAUUCUUGAGAUUGCUCAAAUGCCUGCUCCUCUUUGAUUUGAACGAUCCUUCAUCCCAGUAGGGCAAAAAGCACGUUCUAAUCCUAACGACAUUGACUCAGACCGUUUCAUAUUUCUCGCGUACAAACUUAUGUGAUCCUUGGAUUUGAGUCAUAUCACCGACUCACUGAGCCUCCUACGCUUAAAAGAAGAGAAUGCUCCUCGAAACCUCUCAGUCUCUUCUUUGGAAAUUGACUAUCUAGGACACACUUCAUCAUGCCUCGAAAGCUCGUCACAGUCCGCCAAGUUUCGGCCAUAACAGCCAUCCCACGGGCAGACCGCAUUGUAGCUGCCACCGUCGACGGUUGGACAUGCGUUGUUCCCGUCAAUGUCUUUCAAGCGGGGGGUCGCGGUGUAUACUUUGAAAUAGACUCACUUCUACCGGCCUCGGACCCACGAUUUGCUCCUCUGGCGCCGAAGUUCAUCGGGCCGGACGGCCCCACUUCCGCACCGGAUAUCCGGGUUCAGACUAUUCAGAUUCGGGGCGUGUUGUCGCAGGGGCUCUUGUUGCCUUUGGCCGAUUUUCCGGAAAUAGUUGCUAAACUGGAUGGUAUUCCACCAGAUAUGCUGCGGGAGAUCGGGUUUGAGGAUAUCCUCAACGUGGGAAAGUUUGAGAAACCCGCCAUGUCACUUCCACAGACUUCAGCAUCAGACACACCGUUGCCUGAAUAUCCUGACUUCAUACCACGAACAAACCAGGAGCGCGUGCAGAACCUCACAGAUAUAUUCAUUGAACAUGGCACCAAGAUUUUCGAAGAGUCGACCAAGAUGGACGGCUCAUCCAUGACAGUCUUUUACCUCGACGAUGCCAACCCCCUUGCUAGCACACUCCCGAACGAGACGAGACAUGACGGAGUGGCAGUUUGCUCGCGGAAUCGUGUUCUGAUAGAGAACCAUCCACGAAGCCCGCCUCUCUUUUACGCUACCGCGCGAGCACUCAAUCUCCACGAGACGUUGCCUAAGAUCGGGCGUAACAUAGCUCUUCAGGGUGAACUUUGCGGGUCAAGCAUACAGAGUAAUUUUGAAGGAUUUCCCAAGGGCACGCAUUGCUUUUUCCUGUUUGCAGUGUAUGACAUUGAUGAGCAGCGAUACCUACCACCACGAGACGUGUACGAGACGUGGGCACCACGACUGGGCGUUAGGCACGUGCCUGUACAUGGAUAUAGACCCUUAAAUGAGAUGGGUUCCCAGGUUACAGAUCUAGUUAAUCGGGCGGAAGGAAGGGGAAUCAAUGGGCGAAAGAGGGAGGGAAUUGUGUUUAAGCGCGAGGAUGGACAGUUUAGCUUCAAGGCGAUAUCCAACUCUUACCUGCUCACACACGGAGAGUAAUGGAGAAUAUGGGGGAAAGCGGUGCUAUUCUGCAUCAAAUUUACGAAGGAUACAAUUGAGA